GCCUUGACAGUUUUUGACAGUAGUUUUAUCAGUUUAUGAAAUUAUCAUAUGCGCACAUAACAAUGUCUUUAAAAAAAUAAAAAAAUAAACAAAAACACAAAAUUGCCGGUCGUUGCGGGGGUCAAAAAUUUUAAACGAAAAUAAUUAUCGUGUACGAUGAAAAUAUGGUUUGGUUUUUAGAGAUGUGCCAAUCUUAUCUAUUCCGGGCCAUAGGUUACGCAUUUUCCACCGCUCUGGCUAAUUUAUGCUUCAAAUGCAGUUAUGAAUUAUUUUACGAAUAUCGGAACAUUACGCUGAGUUCCAGUGGAAUGUCUGGCGUAUUUUGGAUGUUACUACGACGUAAAUUCGGGAAUAAUUUUCAAACAUUUUUCUUGUUCGGAAUGGUUACACUUUUACUGGCAUCAUCAGAACUUAAACCAACGAUUUCCAAAUCGGAUUGUGGUAUCGUGUUCUUAACAACUUUCUUGAUGUUAAUUGUGUCGGCCGUAACUAAACACAACCAAUUGGAGGACGGAUACAAAUACUUCAUUCGAUAUUCUGGCCUAGACUGUGGAAGCUUCAUGGCGUAUAGCUUCUUUCACGGCUACAUCAAAUACGUAGUCGCUUCAAAUGGUGAUACUUCGUCCAAAGAUUUGAAAGAGAGAAUGACUGACUAUGAAGCGAAACAUCAAGUGUCUUUUCCAAUAAAAAAGUUGUUAAUACUCCAACCACAAUCAAUGCACAUUCCGCCUACAUUUCGGAGUGAUCGUUUGCAAGAUGCUGAAAAUUUAGAAGAAGUUCUCAUAAAUCGCGGCGGAGUUGUAAACCGACGCUACCAGUUAAGCGUUUACAAACUUGUGGGUACCGACUACUAUGUCAAUGUCCAGGGUGCGAGUCCUCUUCUAACAUACUAUGAAGAAAGUGAACGUUCCGAGCUACUGGCCAAAUAUAAGACGGAAGUUUCGAUGUCAUUUCGGAAGCACUUGGAAAAAUUGAUUAACGAUGAUCUGAGCUGUAGAGGACUGGUUGAAGUUAUUUACUAUAAAGAUUGGGAUGAAAUUAAACAAAAGCCCGUCGACAUCAGUGAGAUGUUAUUGGAUUACAUAGAGAAGAAUCGGUGAAAAAGAAUUCUUGAAUGAAACGAUGUUCCUUUAUUACAUGACCUACCAAGUCGUUAUCAGGUAAAUAAAAUUUACUGAAUUUGGUUGAAAUAAAUGUUUGUUUAAUUGACUA